AUGGAAAUAUCAGUGACGAAAUUGUCAACCAAAUAUCUAAUAACAGUAGCGACGAAUCUUCGUCCACUUGUUGCGCUGUUCAGAACUAGAUUUUACGAUUGGGUUGAAACUUAUAAUGAUCAUCCGUUCGACGUUUUUAUUAAUAGUAUCGUUCACGUUCGCAAUCGCUGAAGAAUUAUCAGAUGUUCUCUCAGACAAGCGUGGAGCUAUGGGAUUUCAAGGAAUGCGGGGGAAAAAGAGUUUCGACUCUUUGGACCCGGACGACUUUGGAGUUUUGAAACGCGCGAUCAUGGGUUUCCAGGGUAUGCGCGGGAAGAAAAAUUCGAUAAUCACUGACGUCGCGAACGAACUGUUUUCCGAGGAGACUAACAAGCGUGCGCCAAUGGGUUUUCAAGGCAUGAGAGGAAAGAAAGCCUUGUUAGACGAUGAAUAUUACAAACGUGCCCCAAUGGGAUUUCAAGGAAUGAGAGGCAAAAAAUCUCUCGAGGAGAUCUUAGAUCAAAUUAAAAAGAGGACUAUCGCGAGAUUCCAGGAUCCAAGAGGCCAAGACGUGUAUUUGAUCGAUUAUCCGGAAGAUUAUGAAAAGAGAGUAUUGUCAAUGGAAGGAUUUUCAAAUGUUCUCGACAAGAAGGACGAAUUCCCGUGGGAGAAGAGAGCUCCGAUGGGAUUUCAAGGUACGAGAGGCAAAAAAUUAAUCCUCGAUACGUGGGAAAAUCUUGAUAAACCAAAUCUUAUGGAUCUUCACGAUUUCGAUCGUAGGAAAGAUACGCUCGACGAUUACUUAGAUUACUCCAUAAAUCCGCCUGAUUACGAUGCAAAGGCAGCAGAUCUUCAAGAUGUAGAAAAUAGUGGCGGCUUUUUUAAAAGAGCACGCGUGGGUUUCCACGGGAUGAGAGGCAAAAGGAACGCUGGUGAGAUUUACGGAUUCAAUUCGAGCACCGCGGGAAUGACGAUCGGUUAUCAAGGCGUUCCGAAUCCCGCUGUGUACGAAAUUGAGAAACGAUCACCCUUCAGAUACCUCGAAGUUAGAGGGAAAAAGAAUCCACGAUGGGAAUUCCGAGGAAAAUUCGUUGGGGUGAGAGGCAAGAAAGCGUCGACUUUGCAGGCUGUAAUCAGCAGUAAUGUCACCGCUUUUGUUGGUGACAACAAUGGCAACAAAACAACAAUAAUCAUUGUGUAUUGCUAGUCUUUUUGUUUAAACGUGUAUUAAACUGCGCCGCUUGAUAGAUAUAAGAAUAGAAAAAGACAACGCACGUUACUUCUAUCAGCGGACUAUACCCGUUAUUAUCAUUACAUUCCAUGCAUACAUUAUGAAACAAUAGUUAAACAAUAGAAAACAGUUGUUUUACCUCCUUCGAACUUUAGUUUCAUCCCAUAUGCAUGUAUAUUUAUUGCUUUUUUUAUUUUGACACAGAACUAUUUUAUUUUUUUAUAUCCUGUAUGUUAACUUAAAGCAGACAUAAUAUAGAAGAUUCUAUUUUUCUCUGAAAAAGAAGUGAUCGAUGUACAUGUAUACAGAUAUUUUACAAUUGUUAAGAUAUAUUUUAAAUUCACUCCUUGCCAUUACACAACAGAAUAUUUAUUUUUAUAUAUUCAGUAUACUUCAUUUACCUUAAUGUUUUGUCAUAUAUACCUAUCAUAGAUUACUACCUUUUCAAAAAUAAUUUUUAGAGUACAUAAUUAUCACCGUUUAAUAUUUCAUCCUAUGAUUAAAACUUAUCUGUAUUAUGAUUUGUAAGUGUGAAAGUCUCUGAUAAUUUUAAAAGAGAGAAUAAAUACCUAUAUAAGUUACUUGAUUUAUUUGCUUACUUUAAAAUCUGCAAAAUCAUGGCAAUUAUUCAAGAAGUGAUACAUACGUCAUUUACUAUUUCAUUGAAGAAAUUAUCUUAUUUGAACAAAUAUGUCUAUUUUUGUACGUUAAAGAAUUUUAAUUAAUGAAUGUUUCCUUGUAGAUCA